UAAACUUCUCACAGAUAAGAGAUAAAUUGGAAUAAACAGCUGUCAGUGUAAAAUAAAUAUCCUGGAUAAUGUGCAGGACAGAAAUAACUACAGCAUCGUCAAACUCCUUUCUUCACUUUAUUUAGCUGUUCUUGCAUGUAGCUCUCAAUCUUUGCACUGCUUUAGUUAGCAGAGCAUUUAUUUUUGAUUCAGCUGCAUUUGUUAAGACUGUAACAACGAAAGGCAUUUCCUGAGAAGCUGCAAGGAUGAGCAGAAAGAAAGAACAACAGCUAAGGAAAUAUGGGACCCUAGUAGUGCUUUUCAUCUUCCAAGUUCAGAUUUUUGGUUUUGAUGUUGACAAUCGACCUACAACAGAUGUCUGCUCGACACACACUAUUUUACCUGGACCAAAAGGGGAUGAUGGUGAAAAAGGAGAUAGAGGAGAAGUGGGCAAACAAGGAAAAGUUGGACCAAAAGGACCUAAAGGAAACAAAGGAACUGUGGGUGAUGUCGGUGACCAGGGAAUGCUUGGGAAAAUCGGUCCGAUUGGUGGAAAAGGUGACAAAGGUGCCAAAGGCAUAUCAGGGGUGUCUGGAAAAAAAGGAAAAGCAGGCACGGUCUGUGACUGUGGAAGGUACCGCAGAGUUGUUGGACAACUGAAUAUCAAUGUUGCUCGGCUUAACACAUCCAUCAAGUUUGUAAAGAAUGUUAUAGCAGGCAUCAGGGAGACGGAUGAAAAAUUCUACUAUAUUGUCAAAGAAGAGAAGAAUUACAGAGAAGCCAUGAUGCACUGCAGAGACAGAGGAGGAACACUGGCCAUGCCUAAAGAUGAGGCAACCAACGCCCUUCUUGCUAACUACAUCUCCUCAAGUGGCCUUUUCCGAGCAUUCAUUGGGAUAAAUGACAUGGAAAAAGAAGGGCAGUUUGUAUAUGCAGACAGCAGCCCGCUGCAAAACUACAGUAACUGGAAGGAUGGGGAGCCUCACGACUCCACAGGCCAUGAGGACUGCGUGGAAAUGCUCAGCACAGGAGAGUGGAAUGACUCUGAGUGUCAAGUCACCAUCUACUUCAUCUGUGAGUUCCUCAAGAAGAGAAAAUAAACGUGCAACAAAAGAUGUCUGGCACCUUCUGUACACACAGUAACCCGUCCUCAUUCAUCCACUGUAGGGAAUACAGAUAAACAAGGAUAGGGCUCAAUCCAGCAUGGACUGGGUUAACCAAGAGUAACUAAUGCGAUAUGGCAGUGACCAUAAAGCCAGCUCAGGUCUGCAGGGGACAUCCAGCCAACUGUGAAUUUUUAUUUCAUUUUUAUGUAUAAUUGAAGGUGGCUGGGAAAAUUUAAAGCACAUGGAGGCAAACAUAAUUUCACUAAUGCAGUGGAGGACUCACCUCUGCUUCUCACUCAAUCACCUGCUUGGUUGGCUGAGGUGUGAGGAAUAAAGCAAUGGCACUUCUGCAGGUCUGCACAGUUUGCCUGCAACCUGAGAACAGAAGGAACACUUCUAACCUCUGAUGCCUCCAAAAAGGUGUGCAAGAAUCUAGAAAAGUCCAACAUAAAGAAAACAAUACAAAGGAAGCAAAGCCACUGCUGUAGGCUGUAAACAAACAGUGCAGAAUUUGCUGUCAGAGCCUGGCUCCUCAGUUAUCCAUGUCAGCAUGUUCAUAAUGGAUCAGAUUUUCAUAUUGUUGCUAAUACCAAAGGAACGCAUUCCUGCAUACAGUGGAAGAGCUCACAUUCACAUGGCUUCUACGACACCACUGCCAGGACUGCUCUGAAGUCCAGGAUGCUCCUGAGACACAGCAUCCAUUUUACCUUCAGAAGUGAGCCUGUUUAUUGUUAGUUUUUCUUCAUGUUGCUUAAAAUUCUCACCUUUCCUCACAGCAGGAGAUGCUAGUAAAGACUCCUGCAAGAUAGUGUAGAUUUUCUCCCCCACUUGGAACUAAAAAGGGAAAAAUGCUAUUUGGAAGCCGAGAACACUGGGCACUAGUCAUAGUGCAGCCAAUGCACACUGCAGGUCACUUUCAGCAUUGUUUGCAAAAUGUUUCUCUGGAUAUAAAGAGCUGGACAUGAAGGCAGUCCCAUCAGCGAGCAAUGCAGAGGGUCAGCUCUUAAGUUUCCUCUUGCAGCUGUAUACAGCACUGCAGCUGUCAUACUUAGUCAGCCUGCUCUUUGACAGUAAAAUCCUCCAUACCAUUUUCCAGUGGGUAGUUUGCCUUCAAGCUCAUCUCUGAGCAAUGGCCAACACCGAAGCAUCCCAGGAGACUCUGUGACUCAGAGCUACUUUUCUAAGCCUGUUUAUCUGCUACUUGUUCUUCCAGAAAACCAUUUGUUGCUACCAGCAGUAAAUUACCUGUGUUGCUACACAUCCUCCAAGGAACUAUUCAGUCCCAAGAAUGCAGGUGUGUGACCACAUAUAUUUUCAUUGCUCCCCAACUAUGUUAUGAGUGUAAUUCAGCAAACAGGUUUGCUUAGCACAAUGUACCUCAUCCUUAAUUGUUCCCUUCCUGAGAAUUUAUACUUCCCAAAUCAAGCAGAAUUACACUUUUUAGGAUCUACUGUAAUAAACUUGUUAUUUGGGUUUUAGAAUCAUUAAUGAUUAAUGAUAAAGAAUUAAUGGAAAAAGUUUCUUGAGGAAAAGUAGUGCUUUGAGUGCCUUGUUUCUUGAGGAAGAGUAGUGAGUGUCAGGUCCAGACACUCACAGUAUGUCAAUUCUUACUAGUCAUGAGGAAAUGGCACACUGACAUUCCAGUGGGUAGACACGAACACACUACUACUCACCUUCCCACCCUCCCUAUCCUUACCUCUCACCCAAAAUGUACCAAAACACGCUUGCCAGACUGGGGGGGGUUCUACAUUCUGGAACUGUCUGACCAUAUUGGAAUCACUGGCAGACAAAAACCAAACAUUCCUUUUAUGCUGACAAUCAUCAUUAGUAGGCCAUUUUCCUGUUCUUCAGGAGGAACCUUAAAGCUAGAAGGUAAAGCAGCAGAAAUACUCUUGCUGCAGGAUCAAGUUCUGCCUAAGAUUUGACCAGGCAGUCUUCUUCACAUACAAAAUUAAGGAACAAGUGUCUAGAUUGAAGCAAAAAAAAAGCAGCUGGAUUUCACUGACUCUUCUAGCAGACAGCAAGUUACAAAUAAUCCAGGACCAUGCUCGACACAUAGGAAGGAAUGACUUCCCAUGGUUGAGGGAAUUAAGUGAGGAACUUGGGUUGGGUUUCUGCAGUGGAAAGGCUGCAACUGCCUCCAGCCUCCACCUCACCGACCACACCAGUUUCACUCUUUCUUAAAUAGAAAAAAUAAACAAAAACAACCCUUCUAGCCUCUGUGCAUUCAUUGGGCAAGUAGACCCUGGCUGGCUGUUUCUUUGCUAACUACAGAAGAGGGACACCAGAGGAUAACAGCACAGAUUUUCAAACUAGCAAGGCAUAUGCAAGAUCAUGUGCUCGUGCAAACCAUUCCUGCAUCACUGAGUCGCAGUGAAUUUUGCCAAGAAGUCUAGCUCAUAGGCCAAGCCAAAUAAGACAGUGCACCAUACAGGAAACCUGGCAGGUAAGUCCAUAUAACACUGUACCAUGCAGACACAAGCUUAAGCUUGCACUAACUCAAAGAUUAUAGCUGUGUUUUGCAGGAAAAAUAUGCCAGUUAUAAUUAAGAAUUUGGGCUAUAUCACAGGUUUCAUUGCUAGCCAAUGGAAAAUCACUGUGGUGGGUAAAGGUUCUUAGGUUUCUACAUGAAGUGGCUGGAUCCAGGAGCACAGGAAAUGGUGUCUGACUAUUCAGGAUUUGUGGUCUGUUGGAGCAGGGUACUUAAACCAUUUUACCUAAUCCCAAUAUUAUGCUUUUCCCAUGUUUUUCUUUUCCUCAUACCCAGUCUGAAACUUUCUUGUUUCAAUUUAUACCCUCUGUUAUUUGUACUUACACCAGACACCACUGCGUAGAGCCUUGCUUCAUUUUCUCAAAGACUCUCCUAUAGGUCCUAGCAUACAGCCACCAGGUUCAUGCAAAGUGACUUCUAUAGGCUGAAUAAAUCCACUUCUCUUACCACCUCCUCACUAUCCUCAGCAGAAAAUGCUACAGUUUCCCAUGCCUUUCCUGAAUGGAGUUGCUUAAAAGUGCAGGGUGGCUAGAUGUGGUCUAAUAAGUGAUGACUGGGAGGAAAAUCCCUUCUUUGAUCUCCUGGCAGUGCCCUGCUAACACAGUCAAGGGUGCUGUGAGCCUUCUCUGCUGCUAGGCCCCAUUCUGUGUCAUAGGCAGUGCUGUCUGCCAGAUUUCCCAGGGGACUUCUCCGUAAAGUCAGUCAGCACCAGCCUGUCUCAGUCUAGAGUUCUGCCUUCCUAGCUGCAGGAAACUUUGCAUUUGUCCUUGCUGAGUUCCAUAAGGUUCCUGUCAGUCCAACUCUCCAGCCAACCCAGCUUCGUCUGCACUGCAGCCCUGCCUGUGAGUGUAUUGGCUGUUCCCUCCAACUUGGUGCCUUGAAACCUAAUGAAAAUGGACUUUGUCAUCUCCUCCAGCUAAUUGAGAGAUGUAAAACAUGACAGUUCCAGUAUAUAGACCAUAAUGUCCUAAAUCAGAUACAAAAAUAUUGUUGGAGACACAGUGUCAAAAGCCUUGCUAAAGUUGAGAUAAAUGACAUCCAUUGCUCCCCCUCAUUCACAGAUCCAGUCAUUUUAUUGCAGAAAUCAACCUGGCUGGUCAGGCAUGAUUUACCCUUAGAAAAUGGUUGUUCCCAGUCAGCUUCUUCUCAUUUAUAUGCUCUAAGAGGACUACUCUAAGUUCCUUAAGGAUCAAUGUGAUGCUGAUGAUUUUAAAGGAGGGAGGAACAUUUGCCUAUUCCAGACAUUAGAAAACUGCUCACCAUAACCUUUCCAAGUUAGAGAGGCCUUGCAACCAGUUUCCUCAGGACCUUGGAUGCGUUCUGUCUGGUCCCACGGAGUUUUCUGAUGAAACUCUCACAGAAAAUCCCUUACUCAGCCAUCAGCUAUGGCUAAUCAUUCUCUGAACACUUUCCCUAAGCACAGAAGAAUGGGAUAACAUGUUGAUAAGGAAGGCAGAGAGACCAUAGAAUGCUUCAUUUUCAGGUGUCUGUUGUCACUGCAUCACUUGCUUCGUUCAGCUCCAUUUUCUUUGCUCAGCGUUUUCUGAUUGAUACAGUGGUAGUUGUUGUUCUCGUUGCCCUCACCUAUGCAAGUCUCGACUUCAUUUAAGCUUUGAAUUUCCUAAUGCUGCCCUACAUACUAAGGUAGCAUUUCAAAAUUAUUCCCCUGCUGCUCAUCCCUGCUUCCACCUCCUCUUUUCUACUUUUUUGCUUUGGAAAUACACCAGGAACAGCCCCUUUUCAGCCACACCAACUUCCUGAUACAUCUGCUUGUAGACAAACAAGUCAGCUGCGUAAUAUCUUGCUAAAUCAUACCAGGAAUACUUCAGUUUCUGUCUUGCUCUGUAGAAUUGGGAAUUCAUGAUCUCCUACAUUCUGUAAAUUGUCACUUCUAUACAAGCAUUAACCUCCUGCUGGCAUCAGGCAUAGAAUGUACAUAAUAUGCAGAUACUCAUGGUAAGUAUAAUAUUCUGAACAACAAUUCCAAUUAAAAAGAUUACAAAAUAAAUAUAUCUCAUUAGGACUAUAUUUAUUUCAAGCAUCCCAAGCAAUCUCACAUGGGUAUAAAGCAGAUCCACUUCUUUCACUGCCUUUAAUGUAGUCAAGCACUUUAAAAAUAAAAAAAUACUUAAUACCAAAAGCAAUGGGGUUCCAAAUUCUUGACCACAGCCACCGGAAUAUACAGGCAUCUCUACUUAGUUUCAUAUACAGUCUUCAAUGGUACAUUUUAGUUGUAGUUCAACCACAUGAAACAGUUUUAAAGAGAAGUAAUUUCACACCGUGUGAUGAUGAAAAUGGUAAAUGUGUCACAGGGAGAGUGAUCAGCUUCUGGUUAUGUUGGAAGGCAUUAUUCUAGAACUGUCUUGGUGUAAUACAUUUGCACAUUUAUACAAAAGACAUGGAUUGCCAUUUCAUUUUUCCUUUGUUAAAGUCACACCUAAUCUACUCAACGUGCAUAAGAAAGAAUGAGGAAGAUCAAAGCAGCAGUGUAAUCUGGGUUAUUUUGUACUUGUGGGAGGGGAGAACAGCGAAUUGCAAAAGAAUUCUGUGAUCCUGGCCUACCUGUGGCAUGCGGUGCAGCCCCACACCCCACCCUCUUGGGCCUGGAAAGGUUCUCCACGUUGAUGUUUCAACACAGAGGAAAAGUUUCACUGGAUUUUUAUUAUGUGGGUGAGGCCAGGAACUUGCAUCACCCUGUUUUGCAGAAAGCAGCAGUGACCUACCAAAACACAGUAGGAGCCUACCAAAGCACAGAGUUAACCUCGCAGAAAUUUUCCCAGCUGGGAAGUGUGUGUGAUCAUGCUCAUUUUUGAAUUGUAAUCUGUAAGACCUGUUCCAUCCUCCAUGUCAUAGCUACACUUAAAUCCCAUGGUCCUGUGCCUAAACAAGAGCAGAUCUCCUGACGAUGGUACAGUAAAGGGGCUGUUGCUUCCUAUCAGCACAAAGCAGAAUAGUGUGGACCCAUCUGCAGAGCUGUGACCUUCCCAUACACUGUAAAUUCAUUUCACUAUGUAUCAUCCCUCUCCACCCAGAUAAUAGCUGUAUUAGUUUUUCUUACGUGUUUUAGAAAACAGCCAUAACUUUGCAAAAGUAGCCAGAUGCCAAUUAUUGCUUUGGUCUUAAUGUUUCAGGCAUAGUUCAAUCCUUAAGAGUAUAAUAAAUAUAAGUAAUGUCUCUUUGGAAAUUUAUUUCAGCCAUGAAUCCUCUGUUCAUUUUUUCCCUUCAGUAGAUGUUUCAAGCUAUCUUAAUAACCUCUCAGCAGCAUAUUGUCCAGCAAGAGAUGCUAGUUUCCCCAGCUUCAUACAAUAGAAGCCUUUGUAGCAGUCACCACACAACAUUCCAGGAGCACGUGGGACACUACACCAGGCGGAGGGUGGAAGGAGGAACAAUGAUCAACACUUAGUCAGGAGAUAACACAAAACAUUGCAGAAAAAUGUGAAUAUGGAGUUGGCGGAUGCUUAGCAUGUGAACUGUGGAAUUUGUUUCUCACU